CGAAAGACAGCAGCAUAGACGCUUGACGAUUCACGCAUAUCGCUGAAGACACUAAAACACAAGAUACCCCAACCCCAACCAAAACCACAACCCACACAACCAAAUCCAUCCAUCCAAAAUGGUCACCCUAACCCCCGACACAAUCGACGACCUAAUCUACUCCGCGCGCGCCGGCGAACUCCAAGACCUGCAAACGGACCUAAACACCCUCGCAGCCCAAACGUCCACUUCCCCGGCACACAUCAUCGCCGCAGCAAUCGACACGGCGCCCCAGGAAGAAGGUGGAAGUGGAUCGAGUCUGUUGCAUUACCCUGCUGCGAACGGGAACCUAGAAAUCCUAACCUAUCUCCUCACCACCCUAACCACCCUCCCCAGCCGUCCAGAAAUUACCAAAGUCCUCAACCACCGGAACUACUCAGGAAACACGCCUUUGCACUGGGCGGCGCUGAACACGCAUCUGGAGUGCGUGAAGGCGCUGGUAGAGGCGGGUGCGGAUGUCGGGGUGAAGAAUGAUGCGGGACUGGAUGCGGUGUUUUUGGCGGAGCGGGCGGAUUGGAAGACUCAGGAGGAGGGAGGGGCUGAGGAUGAUAAUGGGGAUGAGGAGGUGGAGGUGGAGAUUGGUGGUGAGGGUGGAGAGCAGAAACAGGAUGCUGGGGAGAUGACGAGGGGGAGACAGGUUGUUGAGUGGUUGUUGAGUUCGGAGAAGGCGGCGGAGUCGUUGGAGAAGGCUGCUAGUAAGGAGAAGGAUGAGAACAAGGGUGGGGAGAAGGAGGGGGAGAAGAUGGAUACGACGAAUUAA